GAACCGAGGGACACAGCCCUCAUGGGCUCCCUACAGCAUUGCUGCUGCCAGCUGCCAAAGAUGGGCGACACCUGGGCCCAACUUCCCUGGCCCGGGCCUCCCAACCCAGCCUUGCUGCUGGUCUUCUUCCUCUUGGCAGCUGGGGUGAUACACUCUGAUGCUGGUACCAGCUGCCCAGUCCUUUGUACCUGUCAUAACCAAGUCGUGGACUGCAGCAGUCAGCGGCUGUUCUCCGUACCCCCGGACCUGCCAAUGGACACCCGCAACCUCAGCCUGGCCCACAACCGCAUUGCCGCGGUGCCGCCGGGCUAUCUCACAUGCUACAUGGAACUCCGAGUGCUGGAUUUGCGCAACAACUCCUUGGUGGAGCUUCCCCAGGGCCUCUUUCUCCAUGCCAAGCGCUUGGCGCAUCUGGAUCUGAGCUACAACAACCUCAGUCAUGUGCCAGCUGACAUGUUCCGGGAGGCUCACGGACUGGUGCAUAUCGACCUGAGCCACAACCCCUGGCUGCGGAGGGUGCACCCCCAGGCCUUCCAGGGCCUCGUGCAUCUCAGAGACCUGGAUCUCAGCUAUGGUGGCCUGGCUUUCCUAAGCCUUGAAGCCCUGGAGGGCCUCCCGGGGCUGGUGACACUGCAGAUCGGGGGUAACCCGUGGGUGUGCGGUUGCACCAUGGAGCCCUUGCUGAAGUGGCUGCGGAAUCGGAUACAGCGCUGUACAGCGGAUUCUCAGCUGGCUGAGUGUCGGGGCCCCCCUGAAGUUGAGGGUGCCCCCCUCUUUUCACUCACUGAAGAGAGCUUCAAGGCCUGCCACUUGACUCUGACCCUGGAUGAUUACCUCUUCAUCGCCUUUGUGGGCUUUGUGGUCUCCAUCGCUUCCGUGGCCACCAACUUCCUCCUGGGCAUCACGGCCAACUGCUGUCACCGCUGGAGCAAGGCCAGCGAGGAAGAGGAGAUUUGA